AUGCUGUUUCUACUGGCAUUUUUACCCAUAUGUGUAGCAUUAAAGGAUGCUGAUAUUGUAAAACUGGUCAAUAAUUUACAACUGGACUCAAUAGCUCCUGAAGGGUCGAUUUUAGAGCCAUUAUUAGAGGUUCGACCUCCUGGAUCAUUGGGAAUUGAGAACGUUAGGAAGUUUUUGAUUCGGGAAUUUGAAUCCUUAAACUACACAAUGACUAUUGAUGCAUUUACAGCUGAUACGCCCCUGGGGCCUAUCCCAAUGGCCAAUUUGAUAGCUCAGUCACCAGCUACGUUCGAGACCGAGUUGCAGGACCAUAGCUUACCACCACCUUGGAGUUUCUGGGGUGCACAUUAUGAUUCCAAGCUGGUUCCGGAGGGGAUGGUUGGCGCUAUCGACUCUUCUGUGCCGUGUGCUCUGAUGUUAUUUGCAGCGAAGGCCCUGGCCAACGCAGGUCUGCCUGCUCCCCCUGUAAAAUUCGUAUUUUUCGACGGUGAAGAAGCAAUCGAUACAUGGACAGAUACAGACAGCCUUUACGGCGCACGGCACUAUGCGGAAAAUUAUGAAUUGCCCCCUGCGUUGGUUCUGUUUGAUUUAAUUGGAGCCACACCAAAACAUUUGAUGCCUUCAUGGUUCGGCGAGACGUAUAGCUGGCACCGAGAUCUUGCUAGGUUGAACCAAAAGCUUGUGCAAAUGAAGUUGAUGAAAUACAUGCUUGUCACUGAUAUUACCGAGUUCCACGCAAUGUCGGGUCGAAUGAUUGACGAUCACACACCCUUCUGGGUACGCGGAGUGCCCUGUCUUCAUUUUAUACCACCAGUUUUCCCACCGCAAUGGCAUACCAUAAACGAUAACGCGAAAAACUUGGACCAGCAAGCCGUUCGUGACUGGGCGAUUUUAGUGACAACCUGGCUCGCUCAUUAUCAGGGCUCUGCUAGCACUCACGACGAGCUUUAA